UCGCACCUAUACUGUAGAGGAUCCUCUCUAGUUUUCACUUCUUGCCCAGAACCUUCUUAGAGAGAGAGAGAGAGAAAUAGUAACGGCCUCAUUUAUGCCCUAUUUGUCUGCCACGUGGCACCAACCCAUUUCCCAGAAGAGUCCUCCCUAUAUUAUAUCUCUAAUAGCAACUAAACUCCUCACUAGAAGAAACUAAUCUAAAUGCCAAACCAUAAAGACAGAAAGGGUGGUGUUGACAAGAGCCCAGCUUCAUCAUCUUUUGGUCUAAUUUUGAAAUCAGCUUUGUUUCCGCAAAGCAAACCCCAUUUCUCUGCAAUGCUUAGAACCUUCAACAUAAAGCUCAAGCGCCUCUACUCUGGACUCCGGUGGCCGAUUCGACGCCGACCCAAACCCAAAGUUGUCAUCAAAAAGUUGGGAAAAUCAGACUCCAAAAGUCACACUGAUCAUGUCAAACAAGAACCAAACGGGGCAUAUGGGUCAGCUGUGAUUCAUCCAAACGGUCAAUCAAACACCACAAAAUCCAAAAAGCCAAUUCGAAUUGCAACAUUCAAUGCUGCUUUAUUUUCCAUGGCACCUGCAAUUCCAAAGGCACCGAAAUCUCCGAGUCUUGAUUUUGGAAAUGAGAAGUAUACAAAGUCUAAGCAAUCAAUGGAUUACAAUUUCAGAACCAAAUCGGCUAAUGAUCGUCCCAAGAGCAUACUAAAGCAGAGUCCCCUGCAUCCCAAUUCCAUGAACACUCCAGAGAAUCUUUCCAGGCAACAGAAAUUCGUGAAAUCCAAGUUAAGGGUUUCGAUCAAUUUGCCCGAUAACGAGAUAUCUUUGAAGAGAAAUGGGAAAUUGAGCUUCGUUGAAGACGAAAAAGUGGGUUCUUCAAGCAACUACAUGAGUAGAAUUCUGAAAGGAAAAGCUCCACUGAGAUCCACAGCAACCGUGCCUUCAAAUACAGCAGCUAAUGAGGUUACAGAUGGACAUGGCUAUACAAGUACUAGAACAGUUGUUGAAGUGUUGAGAGAGUUGGAUGCUGAUAUAUUGGCACUUCAAGAUGUGAAGGCAGAGGAAGAGAAAUCUAUGAAGCCUCUGUCUGAUUUGGCUGAUGCUUUGGGGAUGACCUAUGUGUUUGCAGAGAGUUGGGCGCCGGAAUACGGCAACGCCAUACUGUCAAAGUGGCCAAUUAAGAGGUGGAAAGUCCAGAAGAUAUUUGAUAAUUCCGAUUUCAGGAAUGUUCUGAAGGCCACAAUCGAUAUUCCUGAAACAGGAGAAUUCAAAUUCCACUGCACCCACCUAGAUCAUCUAGAUGAGAAAUGGCGAAUGAAACAGAUAAAUGCAAUAAUCGAAUCUAAUGACAACCCGCACAUCUUAGCUGGAGGACUUAAUUCUCUGGAAGAAACAGAUUACUCACCAGAAAGAUGGACAGAUAUUGUAAAGUACUACGAAGAGAUGGGAAAGCCGACACCAAAGGUCGAAGUUAUGAGAUUUUUGAAGAGCAAGCAAUAUACAGAUGCGAAGAACUAUGCAGGGGAAUGUGAGCCGGUUGUCAUGAUCGCCAAAGGCCAAAGUGUCCAGGGAACCUGCAAGUAUGGAACGCGAGUAGAUUACGUAUUGGCAUCACCAGACUCACCAUACAAGUUUGUUCCAGGGUCAUACUCGGUUUUUUCUUCAAAAGGGACUUCUGAUCAUCACAUAGUGAAAGUUGACAUAGUAAAAGUAGAUGGCAGUGCUCAACCUCAUGUGAAUAGGAAGCCGCAAGAACCUAAACAGAGAGUUGUAAAGAUAACACCGUCUUCAUCAUCAAAGGGUAUAUGGAAGGAACACAGAGAAAGAUUGUAGAUAGGAAUAUUGACUUGUUCUUUGCAAUUCAGAUUUUCUUUUGCUCUCUUUUUUGUGGAAGGAGGGGCAGAUGGUUGAAACUGCUUCCUUCUACAAAAUGUAAAUUAUAUUGGUGUCUUCAUGAUGCUUUAGAAAAUAAAAAAUAAAAAUUAAGGAAAUGUAUUUGAUUUGGCUUUGAAAUAGUUAUAUUUGAAGAGUGUAUUUUCAUCAAACCAGAUAAUUUAUUUGAACU